AAAGCUCCUUAUCACCAGCCCUAACAUACUACUACUGCUUCCAACAAGGUGGGAAUACCCAUAGUCCAAACUCCAUUAUGGGUAGCUUAUUCUUACUAGUAUCAUCAGCACUUUUCCUGAUACCAUUAGUAUUUCAAACAUGUUUAAUGGCUUCUGCUGAAGUUCAAAGUUACGAGUGGGACGUCGAGUAUAUGUAUUGGAAACCAGAUUGUGUGGAAAGUCUGGUUAUGGGUAUUAAUGGUGAGUUCCCUGGUCCUACAAUCAAAGCUAAAGCUGGUGACACCAUUCUUGUUAAGCUCAAUAACAAGCUCCACACUGAGGGAGUUGUCAUUCACUGGCAUGGCAUCAGGCAGAUCGAAACACCAUGGGCAGAUGGAACUGCAGCUAUCUCACAGUGUGCUAUUAAUCCAGGCGACAGUUUUUUGUAUAACUUCACAGUUGACAAGGCAGGAACGUAUUUCUACCAUGGUCACUACGGGAUGCAAAGAUCAGCUGGAUUAUAUGGAUCAAUAAUCGUUGAUGUGGCAGAUGGCCAGAACGAACCUUUUGAUUAUGACGAUGAAAUCACAAUAUUAUUAAGUGAUUGGUAUCAUCAAAGUGUCCAUAAACAAGAAGUUGGUCUUUCGUCUAAACGCUUCCGUUGGAUUGGGGAGCCUCAGUCCAUCUUGAUGAAUGGAAAGGGACAGUUCGGUUGCUCAUUUGGGGCAAAGUCUAUCAAGAAUUCCAAAUUGUGUUCUAAAGACAUCGAUGAGCAGUGCAAACCAGAAGUUUUUAGUGUCCAUCCAAACAAAGUAUAUAGAGUCAGGAUUGCAAGCACAACAUCACUCGCCUCACUCAAUUUUGCCAUCGAGAAUCAUACAAUGAAAUUGGUGGAAGCUGAUGGUAACUACAUUCAACCAGUGGCAGUAGAUAGCCUCUACAUUUAUUCCGGCGACACGUAUUCAGUUCUUAUUACAACAGAUCAAGAUCCAUCAAACUACUGGAUCUCAGCAAAUCAGACAGCAAGAAAACCUCCUCUUCCUCCACCUGGUCUUACCAUCUUAAACUACAAAUCUAAACCCGUUGAUACACCCGUAUCUCCUCUUCCUAGCUCUCCUGAAUGGAAUGAUUUUGCUGAAAGCAAAUCCUUCGCCAACAAAAUCCUUGCUUUGCAAUCUGAUCAGUUAACAAUACCAAAACCUCCAACUAGUUUCAAUCGUCGACUCUUCCUUCUAAACACCCAAAGCAAUAACAGUGGGUAUAUCAGAUGGUCCAUCAACAACGUCUCCUUAGUCCUACCAACAACACCUUUAUUGGGUUCUCUGAAGUUCGGAUUACAAAACGGUUUCGAUAGUGAAAAACCAGCUGAGAACUACCCGUCUAAUUACAACAUAAUGGAACCACCUGCGAAUCCUAGUUCAAAGUCUGGAAGUAGUGUUUAUAAGUUUGAUUACGGCAAAACUAUCGAUGUGAUUAUACAAAAUGCUAACGCAUUGGCACUGGAUACAAGUGAAGUUCACCCAUGGCAUUUACAUGGUCAUGACUUUUGGGUAUUGGGCUACGGAGAAGGGAAGUUUUCAAGUGAUAGCAAUAAGUUGAAUCUGGAGAACCCGCCAUUGAGAAACAAUGUCGUUCUAUUCCCUCACGGGUGGACGGCGAUAAGAUUUGUGACCGAUAAUCCAGGUGUUUGGCCUUUUCAUUGCCAUAUCGAACCUCAUUUGCAUAUGGGCAUGGGUGUAGUUUUUGCAGAGGCUGUAAACCGGAUAAAAACGGUACCUGAUGGAGUUCUAGAAUGCGGGUUGACGGCGAAAAUGAUCCUUACAGACACCAGAGCCACUCUUGCACCAAGUCCAAGUCUAAGUCCAGGAGGGGCAUCGUAUUUAGGACCAACGGGAGCAGUCAAUCUCAUUUUUAUUUAUUUAUUUUAUGUUGGAUAUAUGUUUGUCAAUUAGUUUGAUUGAGGUCAUGUAGGUCUUUGCCUCAAUGGUUGUCCAUGUCUUGAAGUAAGAAGAAAAAUGCAUCCCAUUUGGUUUAUGGAUGGUGAAUUUAUUAUAACUGCCUUGCUUGUUAGCAGCA